UUACAUUUCACCUUAACAUUUAAACUGUAUUUAUUUAUCUCAGCGUGUUUGGUAACUCAAAAUAUCUACAACCUGCACGCGUCUGACCUGAUACCAAGAUAUCCUUUGCAUUGAUUCAGUUCCAGAAUAAUGCCCCUGCAGAUUAUUGAAGGGAUGUCCAGCAGGAAGCGGAGACCGAACUGGACAGACCAGGAGUGUAUUCUUCUUGCUCAGCUGAUGCAAGAGAGGAAAGACAUAAUCAGAGGAAAGUGCAGCACUGGAGUAUCAAUACAAGAUAAAAGACAAGCCUGGGAAGAGAUAGCCCAAGCCAUUAAUAAUGCCUUUCCACAGAUUCAGCGCACAGUGUCUGACUGUAACAAAAAGUGGGAAAACCUGCUUGCAAAGUCAAGGGAAGAGAUCAAACGACAGAAAAGGCAAGCGGGUGCAGGAGAGGGCCUGUCCCUAGAACACCUCAGUACUGUGACCAAACUAGUGAUUUCUGUUAUGAAUCUCUCAGACAUACUACAACAUGACAGUGAAGACUCUCCAGCUGUACAGAUGAUGGAAAAUCAACAAAACAGCUGUGAUAAAGAUGGACACGACCACACAAUAGCGGAAAGAUUUGCAGAAAAACAUCAACUGACAGAUCUUGAGCUUCCAGCAUAUGCUGCAGAUCUAACCGCUUCUCCACCUGAACAAAAACUAACUGCUUUCACUAACAUCCCUAAAUCACUCGCAGUGCAGUUUAGUAGUCCUCGUUCUGCCAUCUUCAUUGCCUCUGGAGGUCAGUCAGAUUCUCCCUGCUCUGUUUCUACGCCUUCAGCAAAUUGCACAACUUUACAAGAGAGAUCGGAUUUGGAAAUGUCAGUGUUAAAAAGACAAGAAGCCGUCCUCAAGCUGCAAGAGGAAUAUUAUACACUAAAGAUUAAGCUGCUGAAGAAACAAGUGGAAGACCCACCUACUAAGGACUGAAGGAGUUAGAUGACAACCUGUUCUACCUGUGAAAUGCGACCAACAAAAACACAGUGUUAUGAUUAGUCAAUUUUAAUGUUGACAUUUGUAUUGUGCAAGUGAAUGAAUUUAUCAUUAUUAUUAUACUCAUCUGUGUGUUGAAAUGUGGUUAAACACUAAAAACAGGACAUUUCAUUCAGUAUUAAGAAUAUGUAAGAAAUGCCACUGCUGUCUUUAUCACUUCCAAAAAACACAUACUGAUGCUACCUGGUCAGUUGUUUACAUUAACUUCAUCCACUCACUCACUUUUUUUCCAGUUGGGAAUGCCAAGUAAGCCUUUUUUUACAGCUGUGGUUUUGACUUGUCAUAACAGGAAAGGUGCAGGUGUAAAUAAUAACAGUAGUGAUGGCUCUGUUCCAUUUAGGUGUUCCUGUAAGCAGUGCCAGAGAGUCAGCAUGCACAAU